AUGGCCGAAGAAAAGAUGCAGCUGGAGGACUGGUUGGACGACCUCUGUGUCCGAUUCAUUAUCAACCUUCCCGAAGAAGAUUUGUCGUCGGUUGCACGCAUAUGCUUUCAGAUCGAGGAGGCACAAUGGUUCUACGAAGAUUUCGUCCGCCCGCUCGACCCGACCCUGCCCUCUAUGACGCUCCGAAGCUUUAGUCUAAGGAUAUUUCAGCACUGUCCCCUCCUCGCUCCCUUCUCGGUCGAGAAUCACACGAAAGCCUUCGAAGAGUUUUUGCAAUACAAGACGAGAGUCCCUGUGAGAGGUGCAAUUCUGCUCAACGAGGCUAUGGACUCCACAAUUUUGGUCAAAGGUUGGAAGAAAGGCGCCAACUGGAGCUUUCCUCGCGGGAAAAUAAACAAGGACGAAGACGAUCUCGAAUGUGCCAUUCGCGAAGUGUACGAGGAAACAGGAUACGACUUGCAUGCAGCUGGUUUGGUUCCCGAGAAUCGCGAUGUCAAAUACAUCGAGGUCACCAUGCGGGAGCAGCAACUAAGGCUUUACGUCUUCCGCAAUGUUCCCAUGGACACACAUUUCCAACCCCGAACCAGAAAAGAGAUCAGUAAGAUUCAGUGGUACAAGUUAUCUGAGCUUCCUGCCUUCCGGAAGAAGGGCGCGCAAAACCAGAACGACGCAGCCGCGGCUGCGAAUGCCAACAAGUUUUACAUGGUAGCUCCAUUCUUAGUGCCCUUGAAAAAAUGGGUUGUGCAGCAAAAGAAGAGGGACGCUGUCAAAGGACCCAACGAUGCGCAAUUCCAGCCUCACCCCCUUCACGAUGAGCUCGUGGCCGAAGACGACGUUUGGCAAACAGAACCGGUAACAGAUGCCUCGACACGAACACCAGCCCUAGACACUCUAGAGGGUGCAACUAUGGAGUUGCAGCGUCUUUUGAAAGUUCAGCCUGCGGCGGCUCAAAGUGCGUCGGUUCCCAUCUCUUCAGAGAGCGGAGGAGAUAAGGGCGCGUCGCUAUUAGCAAUUCUUCAGGCGAAGAACCAGGCUGCCGUCAAGGCUGCUCCAGCUGCGCCGGUACCGCAUACGCCUCUCGAUCACACCAUUGGAGAGGUCCCUCAGCCGCGAAGCCCUCACGGACAACACCAUUCUCAGCAACGGGUGCCGCUGGCGAGCUAUCAACACCCGCCCGGUUUCCCAGUUGCUCCAGAUGGAACUCCACAGCAAUGGGCCUUCUCUCAGCAUGGCAACGCCGAAGGCAUGGCCCACCAGGUCAGGCAACAAGAUCCAUCGUUGAUGAAUGGACCUCUUUACGGCCACCUGCAACCCCCGUUGAGACAUCCGCAGCCGUUGCCUCCUCAGGUUCAAAAGUCUUUGCUCAGCAGAGGGGCUUUUGCCGAUAGUACACCACCCCCUCCGCCAAAGCAUGCGCAGGGGACUCUGAACGAAUCUGUACCCACCGCGCAAUAUCAGCAAGCAUAUUUUCAACAGCAAACCCAGAACCUGCUGUAUCAACCCAAGCCGCCUGCUGGGCAGCUCUCAAAUCAAUCUAUGGCUCUACUGGGCGUCCUCAAAUCCGAUACCAAGGCCAUCAGUCCAGACAAAGGUCAGGUCCCAGGGUCCUACAGCCAGCCCACCCGCGCACAUGUUCAGCAUUCUAGCGUCCUCUCAGCAGGCCCCCCCAGGGACCUGCAGAUCUUGCAACUCAGAUGUCGUCACAUAAUCUCUCACUUCAAUCGCAACAAAUCGGAGGAACUGAGUGUCGAGGCCCUCAUUCUACCAGUGGCUACAGCCCCAGAAUAA